GGGCAUCGCUUUCCCAUGCUGAAACCCCCAUAAACUCGAUGGCAGCUCAGGACGGCAAUUAAAGCGGACUAAUCCUCCAGAUUUAUGAGGUCCAUGUGCUCUGUCUGCCGGGCUGGGUGAAGUCAUCUCUCUGCCAAGAAAGAUUCGGCUUCCAUUUAGCCAAUUUGAAUGGGCACACAUGAAAUAAAAGGCCAAAACAUGUGGGGAGGCAGAGGGACGGAGGGUGGGGAGGGGAGGAGGGGUGUCACUGUUCAUCUCUUCUCAUCUCGUCCCAGCUCCUUCCUCCCCACACCAGCCUGCUGACAUCCAGUCCGGGACUGGUGAUUCACUUCAAGGCCCUUCCUGAGCAGCACAGAGUCUGUGGUAUGCUUACAUUGCAAGGUCACAGUCCAUCUCGAUAGAUUUCCAUGGAAGUCAGUGAUUAUGAAGAGGCGUGUAAAAAGAGUUUUCGGGAAGGACGGACACAGCUUGGGUGGGGGCCCCGUUUUUUUCCCUGUCAUGUUUUUGAUGAGAUGUAAACGGGGCAGUGAGGGGGUGGGAGUGUUUGGUCCAGAUGGUGAGGAGUCCAGCCUGUGAGGGCGCUGACAGGCCUCUGACUGGGAGCCUUUCACAAUGGCCCCAAGCUGGGGGAGGUGUGGUGGCAGGAUGCUCCUGAAUUGUUGUGAGCUCUUUUGCUUUUUUUUUUUUUUUGCUGUUAGCCUACGCACUUUGCUGAGGACAAGCAAAUGUGGGGUUCCACGAUGGUUCUCUGGUUCUCCAGUGUGUUCCUCUGACACCUGCCUAAAGCUCCUCGGCUGCUUGUAGACAUGUGGAUCACUUGUUGUGAAUGUAUGGCUCCAGGGCCUUGUGUUGCCUGUCAGACCUGACUAUCCACUUCUAGAGCCAGAGCUGCAGGACUCACUUUGUUGUCUUUUUUGGGUCUUGGUAACGACAUGGAAGUGUCCAUCUCACUUUCCUGGUAUUGUGUUCCUGUUGUACACCUCGAGACAAAAGAACACUCGUGAUGCUUGAUUGUGGUAAGGGCAUGGUAACCUGAGCUAAUUUUGAGAUUUAUUCAUGUCUUUCUUCUUGUUGUUGCAGGGAGGAGGCUUAGAGGGAAAGCGUUCUACAACGUCAAUGGGAAGGUGUACUGUGAGGAGGACUUCUUGUACUCUGGCUUCCAGCAGACAGCGGAGAAAUGCUUUGUGUGUGGUCACCUCAUCAUGGAAAUGAUCUUGCAGGCACUGGGCAAGUCCUACCAUCCCGGCUGUUUCCGCUGUGUGGUCUGCAAAGAGGGUCUGGAUGGUGUGCCAUUCACAGUGGAUGUGGAGAAUAACAUCUACUGCGUCAAGGACUACCACACGGUUUUUGCACCAAAAUGCGCCUCCUGUAACCAGCCCAUCCUUCCUGCUGAGGGUUCUGAGGAGACCAUUCGUGUUGUAUCGAUGGACAAGGACUACCAUGUAGAGUGUUAUCACUGUGAGGAUUGUGGGCUCCAGUUGAACGAUGAGGAGGGCCAUCGCUGUUACCCUUUGGAGGGUCACCUGCUGUGCCACGGAUGCCACAUCCACCGGCUGAAGGCCCAGAGCACCGCCCACCCUCCCCCCAGCUACCCCCUGCACGUCACUGAGCUGUGAGCAGCGCAGGCCCGAGGGCCCCAGCCCAGGACAGAGGAGAGAGAGGGAGAGAUGAAGAGAGAAAUUAAGAGAUGCCAAGCACUGAAGGAGAGGAAUUAACUUUUCCAGCAACCAUUGUUUUCUACCUUGUGGAGAAAAGGAGUGGACACCAAGUCCUCAUUUGAACACAUACGUACAUAUAUAUAUAUAUAUAUAUAAACUCUCACAUGCACAAAAGCUCCCUCCACUAAAAGAAUGAGCCUCUCCCUCCCAAGCAGGCCUUGGCAGCCAACCUCUCCAAACGCUGCGACCUUACGUUCCCUGUCACACCAGUGUGGUUGGACCAGAGUCCCGUGUCCCUUCCAGAACAUCCUCUUCUCCUCGCUUUUUUGGCCUCCGAGACAUUGAAAAAGAGGCCCCCCAGUGCAGCCAGAGGCCAGGCCUGACGUCAGCACUGUGACCCCACGAGCAGAGCUCUGGCAGGGGACGGACUAGAGGGGGGAGAGAGAGGGAGCGCGGCUCUUCUUUUUCUUUCUUUCUUUUUCUUCUUCUUCUCCCCCCCCCC